AUGUCUUCAACACUCAAAUCGAACCAGGCUUUGGCGGUCGCCGACACAUCUUUGCGCCGUGCACUCCGCCAGAUUAAAAUUCAUCAAGCAGAUGGCAGCGUGGUCGUUGACCAAGCUCAUGCAAUUGCCCGGCUAGUGUCCACUGCCCUUCAGCAGCAUGGCAGAAAUGCCUCGGUCAUCUCGCCGUUGCUGCUGUCUGCUGCAGCCGAGGUCAGAGCGACCAUGAACAAAGGCAUCGCCCCACAGUGGGCCCGGGUCCGGGAUAAAGAUACUCGGAUGGAGUCCCACCCAUUCUUCCCAAAGACCGUCGGAUAUGUGGCAGGAGGCAUACCCGAACCUGCACCUCAAGUCAUGCCAGCCCCAGCUCCAGCUUCAGCUUCAGCUUCAGCCUCAGCCCCAGCCCCUGCACCAAUAUCAGUCCCUCUGAUUGAAUCGCUCCCUACCGCCGGGCACCAGCACAAUCUUCUUGGCAAACAGCCUGCCCACGGGACUCGGAGAUCCCAAGAGGACAGCCCAAGCGCUGAGAUGGGCCGGAAGAAGCGCAAGGUCUCAAGGCCCUUGUCAAAAGUCUUGGUCUCUGACACCGAGGAUGAGGACGGUCAGCCAGGAGGCACCAUUGUGGUUGUAAAGCCGGCUGGUCCGCCGAAGUCCAAGGGCGUGACCAAAGGCGUCAAGAAGACGCAUGCCGAGGACGCCAUCGGUCGCACGCCGGCGAAGGGUAAAGGAAAGGAGAAGGCCAAGGAAGUUGCCGAGUCCAUUAGAGGGUGCCCACUAGCCAAGGCUGAUGUUGGGGCUAAGACUUACGAUCCACCUUGCAAGAGGUGUGUCGAUGAGCCUUGCCUUGUCAUCAUCGGCAAGAAAGGGCAGGUCAUGAGGUCCUGCACCAAAUGCAGCCUCAUGAAGGUGAAGUGUGACCGACCGAUGUCGGUCGAUUCCGACACUCCUGCGCCAAUGGCACACCCGAGGUCCAGGGCUGCACCAGCCUCCAAGAAGGUUCCCCUGAUGGCAACCCCGAGGUCCAAGUCCAAUGGUCCGCUCAGGAGAACCAGAGCAACCUCACGGGCACAUCCACCGACUCCCAUCAUGGAGUCUGAAGUGGAGGGUGUCAAGGCUACUGAUGUGUCCAUCACAGGUGAUGAUGACGCUGACAUGGAGCCCACUGCUGAUGCCCUGGUUGAGCCCACAGCGGACGACAAGAUCGUUAGCCCAACUCCGAUGACUUCGUCAUUCCGACUGGCAACUCCUGCGGCCGGAGAUGUUUCCCUCCCUUCGGCAUCUCUCCCACCCACCGUCAGCGCCAUCCACGAAUGUGUGGUUUCCCUGGCUGCUAAGGUCGCUGCCAUGCAAGUCACUGACCAGAAUACCCUUGCCAGGGUCGAUGCGGUGCAGCAGGACUGCGAAACCCGGAUCUCCUCGAUGCAUGCGAAGCUUUCCUCCAUGCAGUUCGAUCUUGGCACCACUGUCAACCUUGUCAAUGGCCUGACCAGCCUGGUGGAGAAGCUUCGGGAGGCACAGACCAUUGCCAACCCAUCCUUCCCACCACCAAUGAUGAGCAACUUCGGUGCUACCUCAGCCACCCCACAGAUGCAAGCAAUGGGCAUCAGGUACUUGAACGGUGUGUACAGCCCUUCGGUUGCUACCUCAGCAUCUGCUGCAGGCCCUUCAGCGUCUCGCCCUUUCGGUCGCCUUGACAUGCAUGGCGACACAUUCACAUCUGGCCAAGCAUCCUCAGUGUCAGCACAUGCCGGUCCUUCAUCCGCUCCUGCUGUAGUUGGACCCCAUUCUGCUGGAACAUCACCUGCUUCAGCCUCCUCCCCUCCUCACACCGCCGCUUCCAUGAACGGAGCCAACAGCAACCAUUCUGGCACUCCUACGCCAGAUGGCGACUCAGCACAUCAACCGACAGACAUGCAGAUGUCACCUCCUGCAGAACCUCCCCAGUCCAAUCAGACUGGCUCACCAGCGCGUCUCAAGGCUGAGUCUCAGCACGUUCCGGUAUCUGUCCCACUCAGUAGUUACCACAUCCCUAUGAACGGCUAUGCCACCCUGCCUAAUGGCACCGUCAUGCAGGUGCUGUGA